UGGUAGCUAUGUUAAUUAUUUCCUUUCCUGGUCAAAUGCUGCACCUAGUGAUGGGGACUUUAAGAUCCUUGCCUAAUCUUCUUAUCCUCCUCCUCAUCUUCUUCUUCUACUCUUUUUCGGCAAUUCAAUCCGACUCAAAAACGAAUCAAAUCGCUGGAUACGGCUACGAUCUCCGAUCGAUCUCCGUCGACCCUUCGGGGAAGUCGCUCACCGCGGAGCUCCGGUUGAUCCGCGAAUCGUCGGUCUACGGGCCCGACAUACCGAACCUUAAUCUCUUCGCUAGCUUCGAAACCAAAGAUCGUCUACGAGUUCGAAUAACCGAUUCCGAUCACCAAAGAUGGGAAGUUCCGCAGCACAUCAUCCCCCGCGAACCUCCACCGUCUCACCGCUCAAUGCCGGAAGAUCAACGAGUUCAAGUAGACUCAAACAAGACCCGAGGACCCGAAAAGCAACUAGUCCUCGGUCUUGCGGGCUCCGACCUCGUCUUCACACUCCACACCACCCCCCCCUUCAGGUUCACCGUCAUGCGCCGCUCCACGGGCGAUAUCCUAUUCGAUUCGAUGCCCACGCUCGUGUUCAAGGACCGGUACUUGGAGAUCUCCUCGGCUCUACCUGCUGAUCGAGCAUCUUUGUAUGGUUUCGGAGAGCACACAAAGAAGUCAUUUAGGCUAAAACCAAAUGACACACUGACCUUGUGGAAUUCCGACAUAGCGGCGGCGAAUCUAGACCUGAAUCUCUACGGAUCUCACCCUUUCUACAUUGAUGUGAGAUCGUCGCAGCCCGGAGCUUCGGGCCCGGGGGGAACUACGCACGGCGUGCUCCUCCUCAAUAGCAAUGGCAUGGACAUAGUUUACGGCGGGUCGUACAUCACUUACAAAGUGAUUGGGGGAAUCCUCGACUUCUACUUCUUCGCGGGGCCAUCGCCGUUAUCUGUGAUUGAUCAGUACACCAAGCUCAUCGGUCGACCAGUCCCAAUGCCGUAUUGGUCCUUUGGGUUCCACCAGUGCCGAUACGGGUACAAGAAUUUAUUGGACCUCAAAAGCGUCGUCGCAGGCUAUGCCAAAGCCAAGAUCCCCCUCGAAGUAAUGUGGACCGAUAUCGACUACAUGGACGCGUUCAAGGACUUCACUCUCGACCCUGUGAACUUUCCUGCAGCAGAGAUGAAGCAAUUCGUCGAACACCUUCACCAAAAUGGGCAAAAAUAUGUGCUCAUACUUGACCCAGGGAUUAAUGUUAACAACACAUAUGAUACAUUCAAGAGGGGAAUGAGAGAUGGAAUUUUCCUCAAGAGGAAUGGAACUUACUACCUGGGAAAGGUGUGGCCCGGGCUGGUCUAUUUCCCGGAUUUCCUGAACCCUGCUGCAGCUGUGUUCUGGGCCCGAGAGAUCGCGAUAUUCCGACAAACUAUCCCCGUCGACGGCUUGUGGAUCGACAUGAACGAGAUUUCCAAUUUUAUCGACCCCUCGCCCCUCAACGCUCUCGACGACCCACCCUACCGGAUUAACAACUCCGGCGUGCGUAGGCCCAUCAACAAUAAAACAGUUCCCGCUUCCGCGAUCCACUUCGGGAAUGUGAGCGAGUACAAUGCACAUAACCUGUAUGGUUGGCUGGAGUCGAGGGCGACGCACGAUGCGCUGAUGUAUGACACUGGGAAGCGACCGUUCGUGCUGUCGCGGUCGACGUUCGUCGGGUCGGGGAAGUACACGGCGCACUGGACCGGGGAUAAUGCGGCGACGUGGGACGAUCUCGCGUACUCGAUCCCCAGCAUACUGAAUUUUGGAUUGUUUGGGGUGCCGAUGGUCGGCGCGGACAUCUGUGGGUUCGGCGGUGACACUACCGAGGAGCUCUGCCGGCGGUGGAUUCAGCUAGGUGCAUUCUAUCCUUUCGCGAGGGACCACUCCGCAAUUCACACGAUCCGACAAGAGCUGUAUAUCUGGGACUCGGUCGCGCAGGCUGCGAGAAAGGCCCUCGGCCUCCGGUACCGCCUUCUCCCGUAUUUCUACACCCUAAUGCACGAGGCGCACGUCAGGGGCUCGCCGAUCGCCCGUCCUCUCUUCUUCUCAUUCCCGGAAGACACCGAGACAUACGGUAUCAGCACGCAGUUUCUGAUCGGACCAGGCGUGAUGGUGUCUCCAGUAGUCGAGCCGGGGAACGUCACCGUAAACGCGUAUUUCCCUGCGGGGAGAUGGUUCAAUCUAUUCAACUACUCGCAAAAGGUGGAUGCCAAUGCCGGGAAGUACGUGAACCUCGACGCGCCGGAAGAUACGAUAAAUGUUCAUGUUCGUGGCGGGAAUAUUUUGCCAAUGCAGAAGCCGGAGAUGACGACAGAAUUGGCGCGGAAGAGCGGGUACGAGCUUUUGGUGGUGGUCGACGAGAACGGGGCGGCGACGGGGGAGGUUUUCGUGGAUGAUGGGGAGGUGGUGGAGAUGGGGGGAGAAGGGGGUGAUUGGAGCUUUGUGAGGUUCAAAAGUGAAAUAGAAAACAAGUAUUUGAAACUAAAAUCUGAGGUUGUAAAUGGAAAAUAUGCAUUGGAGCAUAAGCUAGUGAUAGAAAAGGUGGUGCUUUUAGGAUUUGAGUUGGAGAGAUCACUUGGAAUGGGUAGCAUAUAUAUGAAUGGGGUGGAAAUGAAGAGAGUUGAGCAUGGUAAAAUUGGGAGAUUUGGGAUUGCACAAAUUGAGGGGUUGUCACAGUUACUUGGGGAGGAAUUUGAGUUGGAAAUUAAGAUCUCUAACUAGUGUUUGAGAUCACUAGGAAGAUGAUGAUGAUGAUGAUGAUGAUGAUGAUGAUGAGCACAAGAAGGUUAGGAAUUUCUAUUUAAAAAAGACAUUUGGAAUAAAUUUGGUUCAAGUUUUUAAUUACCAUGUUGGUAACAUUUGUAGAAGCCGCCAAUUUACGGCGUUUUU